AUGUGCUUAAGACUCUACUCACUACCAAGCGUCCAGAAGCAAAAGUCUAAAAAUCAUCAUCUGAGCAACCAUGAAACAUUUGGCUGGAGCAAGAUAUGCAAAUCUAAAAAGUUUUUCACGUGCAUCGUACCUGUUUCAGGCGGUGCUUUUCCACCCGAAUUCGCUGAUGCUAUCCAAAAUGUAACGGUAUCGCUGGGAAGGGACGCAACUUUUACGUGUCUGGUCAAUCAUUUAGGGGGCUACAGGGUUGGUUGGCUGAAAGUGGAUACUAAGGCGAUCCAGGCGAUCCACGAUCACGUAAUAACUCACAAUAACAGGGUCUCGGUAUCUCAUAGAGACCAUACUACUUGGAAUCUUCACAUAAAGAACGUACAAGAGCAAGACGAGGGACGCUACAUGUGUCAGAUUAACACAGAUCCGAUGAAAAGCCAGGUAAGUUUAUCAUGCCAUUUCUUCGAAAUUCUUCUAGUGCGAUAAUAGUAACAAAUGUCUCAAUUAAAUU